CGCAGGUAGGUCCGGGGUCGACGCCGCGGGUUUCGGUUGUGCAGACAGUCAGGGUGCGCCCCUGGGAAAGCCCUCGGCGAUGGACAUUCAGGAUGAGUUUAAUUCAGCUUGUGCGUGACCACUGGGUACAUGUACUUGUCCCUAUGGGAUUUGUCAUUGGAUGUUAUCUAGACAGAAAGAGUGAUGAAAAGUUAACUGCCUUCCGGAACAAGAGUUUGUUAUUUAAAAGAGAAUUGAGACCCAAUGAAGAAGUCACCUGGAAGUAAAGACUGUGGCUGAAUUACAGAAUGUUCACAUUUUUUAAAUUAUCAGAAAAAUAAAAACACUGAACAAUUUA